AUGGAACAAAACAAUGGUACUGAUGUGACUGAAUUCAUUCUCCUGGGAUUUGCUGGCCAACACAAGUCUUGGCAUAUCCUCUUCAUAAUAUUUCUACUGAUCUAUGUGGCCACCCUAGUGGGUAAUAUUGGCAUGAUCCUACUCAUCAAGAUUGAUUCCUGCCUUCAUACCCCUAUGUACUUCUUCCUCCAACACUUAGCUUUUGUUGAUCUAUGUUAUGCCUCUGCCAUCUCUCCCAAGAUGUUGCAGAAUUUCAUAGGAACAGAAAAAUCCAUCUCAUUCACAGGAUGUAUGGUGCAAUUGCUAGUCUAUGGUACUUUUGUAACAAGUGACUGCUACAUCCUGGCUGCUAUGGCCGUGGACCGUUACGUAGCCAUCUGUAACCCACUCCGCUAUCCAACAGUCAUGUCCCAGGGAGUCUGUAUCCAACUCUUAGUUGGUUCAUACUUCAUGGGUUUCCUAAAUGCCUCUGUAAACACCAGUUUUACUUUCUCACUGAACUUUUGCAAAUCCAAUAAAAUUAACCACUUUUUCUGUGAUGAACCCCCUAUUCUUGCCUUAUCAUGCUCCAACAUUGGCUCCAACAUCAUGCUCCUAGCUGUGUUUGUGGGAUUUAACUUGACAUUCACCAUGUUGGUCGUCAUCUUUUCCUACAUAUAUAUCCUGGCUGCCAUCCUGAAGAUGUCUUCUGCUUCAGGGAGGAAAAAGGCCUUUUCCACAUGUGCCUCCCAUCUGACAGCAGUCACCAUUUUCUACGGGACCCUCUCUUGCAUGUAUCUGCACCAUGGGACCAACAAGUCUCAAGAGGAGGAAAAAGUGGCUUCUGUGUUUUAUGGCAUUAUGAUCCCCAUGCUAAACCCCCUCAUCUACAGCCUGAGAAACCAAGAUGUGAAAGAAGCCCUAAAAGGGCUAGGAAAGAAGUGCUUCUAG